AUGCCCAAAAAAAGUAAAGUUAAUAAGUUAGCGCGUAUGUCUGACGAAGAACGGGCAAGGUAUCUGCAGCAUAGAGCUGACGUAGAAGAAGAAGCGAGGAGGAGAAAACAUGAGUUAAUUGCCCGGUUUAUUAAAAAUAAAUUAGACAAAGAGGAAUCAUAUAGCAAAAUAAAUACAGCUAAGAUAAACCAAGAAUGGCGCUACAUACUCCGAAGAAUAAAAUGCCGGCAAAUGGAAACAGAUAUUCAGGGGAUGGCAGCCAGUUUUAAUUUCCUGAUGGAAAGAAAGAACCGACUCAUUGAAUCACUGACAAGGGCGAUCGAAGAUUCCGAUGAACAGCACAGGCGAGCUUUUCAGGCUCACACAGAAAAUUUGAGCUAUUUUCUAAGAAUAGGCACGCAGAGAUUAGACAAAUUACAAGCAGCCUAUGAGCACCAGAAAAACGGUUUCUUAGAAAUGUGGGAUAAGGAAGAGAUGGAAAUCACUGACAGCGAGGACAAAUCCGAAUUCAAGCUUAUGUUAAUAACCUUUAUACAAGAGAGAGACUUUAAAUCUUAUAAAAAUGAGAAAGACAUUGAAAGAGCGACCAUAAAGAACGACGCACGGUUGGAGGACGGGAAAGUCUGGAAAAUUUGA